AGUGGAAACUCCAGUCUUGCGAUUACAACCUGAAAGCCAGUCCAGAACAGACAAAAGAUGUGUGACGACGACGAGACCACCGCCUUGGUGUGCGACAACGGCUCUGGCCUGGUCAAGGCUGGGUUUGCUGGUGAUGACGCCCCCCGUGCUGUCUUCCCAUCCAUCGUCGGACGCCCCCGCCACCAGGGUGUGAUGGUGGGUAUGGGCCAGAAGGACAGCUACGUGGGAGACGAGGCCCAGAGCAAGAGGGGUAUCCUGACUCUGAAGUACCCCAUCGAGCACGGAAUCAUCACCAACUGGGACGAUAUGGAGAAGAUCUGGCACCACACCUUCUACAAUGAGCUCCGUGUGGCCCCAGAGGAGCACCCGACUCUGCUGACUGAGGCCCCCCUCAACCCCAAGGCCAACAGGGAGAAGAUGACCCAGAUUAUGUUUGAGACCUUCAACGUUCCUGCCAUGUAUGUGGCCAUUCAGGCUGUGCUGUCCUUGUACGCCUCCGGUCGUACCACCGGUAUCGUGCUGGACUCCGGCGAUGGCGUGACCCACAACGUGCCCAUCUAUGAGGGUUACGCUCUGCCCCACGCCAUCAUGCGUCUGGAUCUGGCCGGUCGCGACCUGACUGACUACCUGAUGAAGAUCCUGACCGAGCGUGGCUAUUCCUUCGUCACCACCGCUGAACGUGAGAUCGUGCGUGAUAUCAAGGAGAAGCUGUGUUACGUGGCUCUGGACUUUGAGAAUGAGAUGGCCACGGCCGCCUCCUCCUCCUCCCUGGAGAAGAGCUACGAGCUGCCCGACGGUCAGGUCAUCACCAUCGGCAACGAGCGAUUCCGCUGCCCCGAGACCCUCUUUCAGCCUUCCUUUAUUGGUAUGGAGUCUGCUGGUAUCCAUGAAACUGCCUACAACAGCAUCAUGAAGUGUGACAUUGACAUCCGUAAGGACCUCUACGCCAACAACGUGCUGUCCGGCGGCACCACAAUGUACCCUGGUAUUGCUGACCGUAUGCAGAAGGAGAUCACUGCCCUGGCUCCCAGCACCAUGAAGAUCAAGAUCAUCGCUCCCCCUGAAAGGAAAUACUCCGUCUGGAUCGGCGGCUCCAUCUUGGCCUCUCUGUCCACCUUCCAGCAGAUGUGGAUCAGCAAGCAGGAGUACGAUGAAGCAGGCCCCUCCAUCGUCCACAGAAAGUGCUUCUAAAUCUCCGACCAUCACCAAAAAAACUUCUCAACACCAACCACACCAGCUUUCUUUCCAUUUCUGUAUUUCUACUGUGUCUUUUGCUGUAUAUACAUGUAAUGUUGUAAUAAAAAUAGUUGCUUUUAA